UCUCUCUGCACAGCUAUGGUGCUGUGUCGCCUCAACUGUUCCCGCCCAUCCACUCACUCCCUUUCCGGUGCACCCUCGUUCAGCACUGGCUUCCGGUGGAGCCGGGCUUUGAACCCCGGAACUCAGAGCAGCAGCGCCCGCCUCCCUGGCGCUCUGGGCGCCUGUCUGCCCGCAGCGCUGUCCAAUGGGAAGCCGCAGAAGCGGGAGUGCCGGAGGUCCCCCAAUCAGAGCUCGGGGGCGGGGCCGCUCGCCGCCCCGCCCCGCCCCGCCGCCGUCCCGUCCCUCGGAGCGGGUCUGCGCCGCCCCGUCCCGGUUCCCGCGACAUUGUGCUGCGUUCGCUGCGACCGGGCUGGGACGCAGAGCGGCGAGUGCGUUGAUCUCCGCGCCCGCAGGAUGCCGGGGGCAGCGGAGGGACGACGGGACUCGGCCCAGGAAGCCUCGGCCGCAGGGCAGCCGCGCUGUGCCGCCCCCCCGCCCCCGUGCCGGCUGUGCCCGCCGCGCCCCCCGCUCGUGCUCGUCCUCCGCCCCCCGCCCCCGCCCCCGCCCAGCCUCCCGCUCGCUGCCUCCCUCUCUCCCCUUCUCCCUCUGCUCCCUCUCCCUGCCCCUCCGCCUCUCCCUCUCUCUCCCUUUCUCUCUGGAACAAAGCAAAGAGAAGCAGCCGGCGGCCCUGGGAAGCCUGCGCCGGCAUGUGAGGCCCUGCAGGUCUGGAGCUCACUGCAGCCCAACGGGCAGCCUCCGGCUCCGGCUCCGGCUCCGGCUCCGGGGUCGAGUCCUCGCGGUGACAUGUUGGAGGAGGCGCCCCGGGCCCGGAGCAGACUGAGAGCCCUCUGGGAUGCCUGCGAGGGGCGCAGCCCGAGCCUUCUGGGCUUGUAACCAGGGGCCCCACCUGCGGAGGUCUGUCCAUCUCUCUGCCUCUACUUCCCUUUCCCUGCUCAGUCUCUAUCCGGUCAAAUAAGUAAAUGAAUAUUAAAAUACGGUAUUAAUUCACAAUGUCACCGUAGAGUAUACAUCAUCACGCACGAGGACGGGGUUCGGGCCCCCAGUCCUCACCUGCAGGGGGGAAGCUUCACAAACGGUGAGGCAGGGCUGCAGGAGUCUCUGGCUCCCCUCGCGCUCGCUUUCAGCCUCCAAGUAAUAAACGGGAAGGAACGGC